AUGGCAGGAUCCCCAGACUUGGUGAGGCAGAGGCAGACAGGGCUGGUGGCAGCUGCCAACACCGGCCACCACGAUGGCCACCAGUACGCGGCUGAGUCUGAGCGGCUCAGGAAGGCCAGGCUGCGUGUGGAGAAGGCCAUUAAGGAGAAGAAGAUCUUCACGGUGCACGGCCCUUACCCCGUCAUCCGGCAGCUGCUGCGCGCACGGGGCUGGGUGGAGAGGAAGCUGCCCUGCAAGGGCAGGCAGCUGAAGCAGCAGCCUGGCGACCAAAGGAAACAGCAGCUGGACAAGGGGAAAAGUGGUGGCGGUGAUGAGCAGGGCGAGGCAGCGCUGAACCCACAGCCUUCCUUGGGCACCGCAGAGCCCCUGCAACACCCACGUUGCACGGCACACGACAAGGAGAAUGAGAAGGAAAGGGAAGAUGAAGAUGAGGAGGAAGACCAGUGCAGUGAGAACUCUGAAGACAUCCAUGAGCUCAUGUCCUUCCUGGUGCAGGACCAGGUGCCCAACUUCCUCUGGACCCUUCGCCUGAGCAGCGUUGACCAGGAGCUGCUGCAGAGGAUCGAGGUGGUGAACCGCUAUCCCCGGCUGGCCGCGCUUUGCACCAAGGAGGGGCUGUGCCAAAGCCUGCAAAACUUGCCCUGGUUCGAGCAAGUCGAUUUCAACACCUUUUUCCCCCGGUGCUACCGGAUGGGGUUCAUGGACGAGAAGGAAGCCUUCAUUGAGGAUUUCUGCCUGACAGCAGCUCGCAGCCUGCUCAAACUGGCCCUGCAGAAGGUCGAGGACAGGCCGGUGGGGACAGAGCAGCCCUCAAAACCCGACGAGGUGCCAGGUGAGGCGUGGCGGCGCUCCCCCCUGUAUCCCCAGCUGGUGGAGGAGGCCCUGGAGGUCUGUGAGCAGCACCUCGGAGUUCUGGGGCACCAGGACAUCGACAGGAAGACCCCGUCACCCUGCUGGACAUGCAUCGACUGGGACCGCUUCCUGCCGGAAUACUACCGUGUGGCGCAUGAGGGGACCAGGCUGGUGCUGGGCAGGGAGCAGCGGGAGCGGUGUCAGCACCUGCUGCAGCGCCUGGAGGAGAAGCUGCCGCAGCUCGGCAUAGAGGGCAACCUCAACAUCUGGAUCGUCAAGCCCAGCGCCAAAUCCCGCGGCAGGGGUAAGGCUGGGGGAAGCGUGGGGCGCACACGGCCCCACGGAGAAGGGAUCCCACCAUCCCUGUGUUGCCCAGGCAUCGUGUGCGCCACGCGGCUGGAGGAGGUGCUGGAGCUGGCGCAGAGCUGCACGGGCGCCCCGGCCGGGGUGUGCGAGUGGGUGGUGCAGAAGUACGUGGAGCGGCCGCUGACCAUCUUCAACACCAAAUUCGACAUCCGGCAGUGGUUCGUGGUGACUGACUGGAAGCCGCUGACUGUCUGGUUCUACCAAGACUGCUACCUGCGUUUCUGCUCCCGGCCCUUCUCCCUGUGUCACCUGGAGCCCGCCAGGCACCUCUGCAACGUCUCCAUCCAGAAGCGGUACAAAACAUCACAGCCGGACCCCCGCGUGCCCCGCGACAAGAUCUGGUCCAACAAGCAGUUCCAGGCCCACCUGGCAUGGCUGGGGCGGGCGAAUGCUUGGCAGCGGGUGACGGUGCCCGGCAUGAAGGCGGCGAUCCUGAACGCCCUGCGCUGCGCCCGGGACCAGGUGGGCUCCCGCAAGGGCAGCUUUGAGCUCUUCGGGGCCGACUUUCUCGUCGGGGAGGACCUCAAGCCCUGGCUGCUGGAGAUCAACUCCUGCCCCACCAUGAGCCCCUCGUCGGCGGUGACGCGCCGGCUGUGCGCCAACGUCCAGCGGGACACGCUGCGCCUCGUGCUCGACCGCAAGGACGACCCCACCUGCUCCAUUGGUGCCUUUGAGCUUCUCUACAGGGAGGCAGCCGUGUCCUCGUGUCUGACUGUGGGGCUGAGGCUGAUGGUCACGGGCUGCUCCCUGAAGAAGGCCCAGCCGGCAAAGCAUCGAUCCCGGGACAAGCUCCCCAGCACUGUACCCGGUGCUCUCCAGCUCCCUGCACCCUCAGGGAACAGAGUGGCACAGGAAAAGCUGCUUCCUCUGGGGCUGCAGGGCAGCUGCUGCCUGCCCAAAUCUGACCCUCCAGCACUGCCACAGCACCGACCAGGAGUCCCUGGCUACCUCCAGGCGGUUCUGCCAGGAGCCAGGAGCUGCCACGGCACCUCCACCUGGCUGGGCAAGCCGAGGAUGCUCAGCCCCGGGAAGCUCAGCCCCCCAUCAAUAGCCGUCCCCUGGCCAGGUUGCCACCGCGCCAGGAAGCGCCCAGGAGGCCCUGGCGCCCCCCAGGAGCCAGGCGGCAGGGAUUGCCACGGCUCAGUCCGCCGGGCGGGCAGCCCCAGGCUGCUCGGCCCCACAGAGUUCUGCCCCCCAUCAGUGCCCGUCCCCCGGUGCGGGGGCCUGUGCCACAGCCCCGGGGAGCGCCCAGCAGACCCUGGCGACCCCCGGGCUGUGCUCCGGCCCCUGCGGGAUUUCCCGCCCGGCCAGCGCGCCUGCCAGCGCUACUUUGGUGAGAAGGAGCCCGGCUUGGAGCUUCUGUGCGUGCGAGAUGCGGGCGCAGGUGGUGCUGCCGGCAGGACGAGCCUGGGGCUGCCGGGGCAGCUCCUCGGCUGGGUACAGACGCAGGACGCAGGGAAAGCUGCCUCCGCUCCUGCCUGCCUGCGGUGGCCCCUGGCAGACAGCUGUGGCAGCGGUGACACGGCUGCACCCCGGCACUGGGAAGCGGUCAGGCACGGAGUGCUGGCAGGGCUGGUGCCCCCUGACGCGCCAGGGGGACGGCAGGAGGAAUCCCAUCCUGCGGGCGUGCCAAGAACAGAAGUGGGUGCUUGA